GCUAAAGUCAACAAUGUCUUGGGGAAGGAGGGGCUGCAAGUCUGGAGAAUCUCAGGCUCUCUCAGUGGACAGGGAGGGGGAAGGGCAGCUGAGAAAAAGUAAUCCCUCUGGCAUUCAAAGCUGAGUUGCUCUCUAAGUCACUGGUUCCUGGAAUACAUAAAACAAGAUCAAAGACUGUCAAGGGGUAUCCACACUCCACAAGGCAGCUUCUGGGCACUCACCAUGCGGUGGACCCUGCUGCUACUGUGGCUGCUGAAUGUGCUGCACCGGAGCCAGGCAGAGACUUUCCAGGAGAAGGUCCCCCUCUUCCGACUCACUCAGCAGGGGCCCUGGGAGAGUGACGCCAGCAAUGCCACGGGCUCGCCCUGCGAGGGGCUCCUGACCACAGGAGCCUCGGCCUUGACCCUGGCCAACCGCAGCCUGGAGCGCCUGCCCAGCUGCCUGCCUCGCUCGCUGCACAGCCUCGACGGCAGCCACAACCUGCUGCGCGCCCUGAACAUGCCCGAGCUCCGCCACCUGCCGCAGCUGCAGGUGCUGACGCUGCGCCACAACCGCAUCGCAGCGGUGCGCUGGAGCCCAGGCGGCCCAGGGGGGCUGCACACGCUGGACCUUAGCUACAAUCAACUGGCCGCCCUGCCUCCCUGCGCGGGGUCUGCGCUAAGCAACCUCCGCGUGCUGAUCCUUGCCGGGAACCCAGUGCAGGCGCUGCAGCCUCGGGCCUUCGCCUGCUUCCCCGCGCUACAGCUCCUCAACCUCUCGGCCUCCGCUCUGGGCCUCGGAUUCCAGGGUGGCAUCACCGACGGAGCGUUCGCUGGGGCGGAUGGCGAGCCUCUGGCCGCGCUCGAAACCCUGGAUCUCAGCAGCACAUACCUAGAGCGAGUUGAAACUGGGUGGAUCAGAGACCUGCCGAAGCUCACGUCCCUUUACCUGAGGAAGAUGCCCAGGCUGAGGAUCCUGGAGGGAGACAUUUUCAAGAUGACCCCUAACCUCCAGCAUCUGGAUUGUCAGGCCUCCCCAGCACUUACUUCCGUCCACACACACAUCUUUCAAGACACUCCUUGUCUACAGGUCCUUCUGUUCCAGAAUUGCAACUUGAGUUCCUUCCCUCCUUGGACCAUGAAUUCCUCCCAGGUUCUAUCCAUCAACCUCUUCGGCAACCCUCUCACUUGCAGCUGUGAGCUGUCCUGGCUCCUUGUGGAUGCAAAGAGAACUAUCCUAAGCAGGGCCAAAGACACUAUGUGCAUACCAGCUGCUGGAUCUGGAGGUCCCUUCUCGGUUCCUCUUCUGCUCUCCCAGCUGCCUGAUCUGUGCAGGUCAGACCACAGGACCACCGUCCUGGCUUCAGACCCACCCUCCUUUGACCACUCAGGCUAUACACCAUCUACACAGGGUCCCUCCACCCAGCCUGCAGGCGGCCAACAGAGCGUCACCAACACCCCCUCCCACCCUGCGGUUUCCCUCUCACAAGCUGCAUGGACUCAUGGUGAUGCUGGGGAGGGGACUGCCCAGUCCAGUGUCAACUCCACGGCAAGUUACUAUAACUUCAGUGUUCCACCCAAUGCUGCCAGCAUAGCUGGGACAAAUCAUGGAGGAAAACAUACCACCAGGAUUGUCCUUGAAACUGAUGUCUCAGCUGCCUCCACCCCACAGGCCAGCAAACACCGUGGUCCCUUCCCCACCUCAAGGAACCCCGUGCACACAUCUCAGACUGAUCAGAGGUCACAGGCCACCCCCCAGGUUCCCCAGCCAAGUCCUUCGGAGGGUGGGAUUCCAGUCGUCUUGUUGGAUGACUAUGGUGAAGAGGAAGGGACCAAGGAAGAGGUGAGAGCACCUGAACAGUAUGUCCCUUGUGAUUACCAUCCAUGCAAGCACUUGCAGACCCCAUGCGCCGAACUGCAGAGGCACUCAGGGUGCAGCUGCCCUGGCCUCAGCCGGGAAGACACUAUUCCAGACCCCCCCAGACUGCAGGGGGUGUCAGAAAUGACAGACACAUCAGCACUCAUCCUCUGGUGUGCCCCCAACUCAGUGGUGCAUAGGUACCAGAUCCGCUACUUCGCAGAGGGCAAGGCAGAGAACCAGACAGUGGUAGAGAACAUCUAUGCCACCGCCCGUCAGCACCCUUUGUAUGGGCUCUCGCCUGGCACCACAUACGGCGUGUGUGUGCUGGCAGCCAACAGGGCUGGCCUGAGCCUGCCUCGGGCCUCAGGCUGGAGGAGGGCAUGCACCAACUUCACCACCAAGCCCAGCUACUUGGGCAUCUUGGCAGGACUGUGUGCAACCAGCAGUCUUCUGCUUAUCAGCACGCUAGUGCUGUCUGUGUGUCUCUGCAGGCGGGGUUGGACGUCACACAGGCAGUGCUACGAUACACACUUGGUGGCCUUCAAAAACCCAGUGAUGGCUGAAAGCGUAGCUCAGUGAUAGAGCACUUGCCUCGUGUGUACCAGGCCCUGAGUUCGAUCCCCAUUACCAAAACCAAACAACCAGCCUUUGGUUAUCUGCUGGAGCUCCAGAUCCUCAAUUAGCCCAGCUUCCUUCUAAUCAAACUCCAUCUAUGUGCAGAAGAAAAUACAGAGGACUAAACAAAGGACAACUGCCGCAGUCUGGCUGGGCACAAUCAGGAGCCACUUGUCAAAAGAAGCUAACUUUAUUUUUAGAACCACACACGCCAAACAAAAUAGCCUCUCAGGAAAAACCCUCAGAGCCUCAACUGCCACCACCGGCUUUCCACAAGCCUCUCUCUCCCACACAAGCUUCUCUCCACCUCCCACAAUCCUCCUGCUCUUGAGGCCGAUUGGCUGGGUCACGUGGGCGGAGCCAAAAAAGUCCCCCAAUGAGCAGCUCCGUGGUCUGAAAGGGCAGGGAAACAGUCCAAUGAGCAUCACCGCAGAGGAGCCAAUCAGCUAGAUGUUGCUGGGGCCGAGGAGCCAAUCAGCUAGAUGUUGCUGGGGCUGCUGUGAGCCAAUCAUCAGCUGGCAGCUGGAAGUUUGCUGGGGCCCCUCAGGCUGUGGCUCUCAACAGACAACAGAACAGUGGCCCAGUGGGCUCCAAUUCCAUGAAGCCAGCAUGCCCGGGGCACACAGGGAACUUGCCAUACUGUUUUUUAGCUCAAAGAACAACUGCUUUCCCUUCCUUCUACUUUGCUCAGAAACCUGGUAAAUGUCAGAACACUCUCAUUGGCACCUGCCAUUCUUUUGUGUGGUCUCAUUGGGUUUUCAGCAGUUACGUGUUCCUCAGUAUCCAGUAGAAUAAUAUAUGGAAGUUGGAAGAGAGAAAAACAGAAAUUACAUAAACCAAUGUCUUCUGUCAUAUGGGAAAUGACUUCCUUGGGUCUUCUUAGCCAAAGUCCCCUUACGGUCAACCUUUGGCCAAGGCACAAUUAAUGAGCUGUAUUAUUCAAGGACUCAACUCCAGUGGAUUCUUAAUCUGAGAACUGGCAGCCAGGGAAAAGAGCUACUGUGGUUUCCUGAAGGCCUUCUGGGUUUAUUAGUUGCAUUGCAAAAAAAUGUCCUUACUGCCUUACAGUUAAAACUGGUCUUCUGGGAACAUCUCUGAAAUGCAGGAAAAGGCUCUUAGCUUAAAAGUCAGCACUUACUGCAUUUCACCCAAGUCUAAGUGGACAACGUUACUAUAAAUUCCUAUUUAAGGAAGAAUAAGCUUACUUUUACAAACUUUGUUUAGAUCUAGAAAAGAAAUGGGCAAAAGAGAACCUCUAAGCUCUGGCCAGAAGCCAAAGCAUCUCUCAAUUAUAUCAAUGUCUUAUGAUUUGUGUCUUUGUGUAGGAUGCAUCUACUCUUUCAUUUAUGACAAACUUAGGGGGGGAAAGUGAUUCUAUGAAAUUAUAACUGGGGCCUUUAUUUCUAGAUUUUGACAUUCUAUAUUAGCAUUAAUCUUCUGUGGCUGCCAUAUUACCAGAAACUAAAUGGCUCAAAACAGCAGAAAUUUACUUUUUAUAGUUCAGACCAGAAACCCCAAAUCAAGUUAGCAGGGUUGGUUCCUCCUCUUGAAGGUUCUGAUGGAACCUUUGCUUCUUUUUCCCUUCACUUCUGAUGGUUGGUGGCAAUCCUUGGUGCUCCUUAGCUUGUAAGAUAUUAUUUCCAUCAUCUCAUGACAUCGUGUCCAAAUUUCCCUUUUCCUGUAGACAUUAGUCAUUUAUUAAGGCCCACUGUAAUCCAGUAUGACCUCAUGCUGACCUGAUUAAAUCUGCAAAGACCCUAUUUCCAAACAAGGUCAAUUCACAGGUACUCUUAAGGACUUGACCAUAUCUUCUGGGGGGCAUGAUUUACUCCAUAACAGCAAUUUUUUUCUUUUCUAAGAAAAAGCCAUUUGAAUCCUAUAUAUUUCGUUCCCAAAACAUUCUGCAGAAGCUAAAGCAUAUCAAAUUUUGAACUGAAUAACUGAACACUAUAUAUUUCUAGGUGUUUGAAAUUUUGAGUUUCCUGAAAUUCUUGUGUAUCUCUAACUUCAUCACAUAUGCAACCAAGAGAAUUAGACUGAUUUAAAAGAUGUCUCCCAGCUCCUACUUCAAAACUGCAAAAAAAGCCAAAAAUGUGACAAAUUAAUGUAAAAUCUUGACAUGUAAUUAAACGAUCCCAAUGUUUUUACUAA